AUCAUGGUUUAAUUCUCUUCGUCUCUCAACCACUAUUUCAAUUAGAUGAGCUCGACUUAAUUAGUUCUCCUCUCUCUUCACUCCCUUCUUUCAAUUUUUUCCUCUUCAUUCUACACCAAAGAGAUCUCUUUUCCACAAAAAAGGAAAUCGAAAAGAGAAAAGAAGUUGGAUACAACAAUUGAUGAAAUAUUUGUGAUGUGCUUCAGGAAGACAAGCUGGAUAUCUGUAAUAUGCCAUCUUCUUACUCUUGGUUUGGCAUGCUUCCUGUUCUUGCUGCACAAGUUCCUCCCUUCUCUAUUCUCUCUAGUUCUGAAUUGUGUCCCCGUAAUCGUCUGCACGAUUCUUCUCCUUGGAAUCCUUUUGAGCUACAGCGAACUGAACAUCCCUGGCCACGAUCAAGACGGUAGCUGUGCAGCAGCAGAGACGUCGGUGAAGCUUUCUUUGGUUGCAAAUGGCCUCGGCACCAAGAGUGAUAGAAAGUUGAAAGGCAAAGCUCAUGGUGGAAGCAGAAAGGAGACAAGAAGAACAGGAGUCAGGACAAUUGUGCUGGGCAAUGAGAGGCAGCACAAUGCAGAUGGAAAAGAAGUAGAACAAUGCAAAGUCGAUCAGAUAGAUGCUGCUGCCACUUCAGUUUCAUCGAGUUGCUGCGGCGAGGAAGAAGAUCCAGUGAGCAAGAGGAACUCUGUUACAGGUGAUGAAGAUUCUGUGGAGAAGAAACAAGUGGAGGAUGAAACAAAAGUGGAGAGUGGUUAUGAUUCUUGUGUUGGUUCUCCUUCAUGUCAUGUCGAUCGCAAGGGUGUUACUUUGGAGGAGAGUGAAUCGGAUGAAGCUUUGAGCUCCGAUAACUCGGCAGCAACUGGCAUACCGCUGCUCGAUGAGCUUGACCCGCUUGUCUCCGGGAAGAAUUCCGAUGGCGGAUCGACUGUAUUCUCCGGUGAUCAUGAAACCGAAGAUGGUAGUGUGGAAGAGGAAGCUGAAAACCAAGAUGAUGAAGAUGAUGAUGAGGCACAGGAGGAGGAGGAGGAGGAGGAGGAGAAAGGAGGAAACCCAGUAGCAGUAACAUGGACUGCAGAUGACCAGAGGAGCCUUGUGGAGCUUGGCAAUUCUGAACUCGAAAGGAAUCAACGUUUGGAGAACUUGCUCGAAAAACGAAAGGCGAGGAAGAUCCUUGAGAAGAAUCUAAUCGACUUGGACGAUGACAUGGAGGAGAGGUUGCAAGCUCAUGGCCGACUUCUCUCGAUCAAUGCAGCUAGAAGGAAUCCAUUUGACAUCCCUGAGCUAGAUGAAGUUCCAGGCUCAGCUCCUUCUAUGCCUCUGCUGAGGCAAAACCCGUUUGAUAUUCCAUUUGAGCCAGCAGUCGGUGAAGAUAACUCGAACCAAAAAGAGUUUGUUGCAGUUCCACCGCGUGAUUCUUUCUUCAGAAGGCAUGAAAGCUUCAGCGUCGGUUCAAUUUUCGAGUUUCGACAACCGAUGGCAUUCAAGCCUUACUUCGGUGCAGAAAAGAUUGGAUCAGAGAAAAAGGACUAUGAGGGUCCUAGCAAAGUUAAUUCAAUGCAACAAUUCAAUUCAGUUUCUUCAGUUGCCAAUCAAGACAAUGCAACUCCUGUUAAACAUGAUCCAGAAACAACCGAGAAAGCCAGCCAAACCAUGAACAAAGACCAUGCAGUUCCUUCAAAUGGCGCCGUUGUCACGACAGAGCAUACUGACCGAGAUACCGAAAUGGAAGGCGAUACCAGUGAAGCUUCAGUGCUAAAUUCACCCACUUCAUAUUCAGAACGAGUUGGAAUGGUUGAUGAAGACAAUGAGUCGAAUUCCUCCAACACAUCAGAUGCAGAGAAGCAAGAGACAGACCCAAUGGAUGGUGCAUCCGGAUCAAAUUUCAUGGAGGUGGAAGCCAAUCGCAAUCACGAGAACCAUGUUGAACCUGUUUAUGAUUCGAGUCCAACAGAAACUGAGCGAUCACACUCCAAUUUAGCACUCGAUGAAGCUUUCCACAUUUCCGAUAAAGGAGGAAGUCCCCCUCGGGAAACAGAUGAAACAGAUGCCUCAUCGAUCACAACAAGAACAGAAGAAAGUGCACAGGAACCUGAGCAUGAAAUUCCAUGGGUUGCACCCACAAGCCUGGCGUAUGUAGACCAGAAUGAGUCGGUGUCAAAGGAGGUAUCGAUGAUCAAUGAGCGCGAUGUGAUCGGCGAUGAGCUAACCAGAGUUCAUGAUGAUUUUGAUGGUCCAGCUUUGACACCUUUACCUGAUCAAGCAGAAAUGGAGAGAAUGCUGCACUCAAAUUCGUCAGCUGCUGUGGAGAAUGAAGCAAAAGAAGAGAAGAUAGCUGAAUCUGACUUGUAGUCUUGGUCCAAUAGAUUGUGUUGCUUAACUUUGUGUUACACUUGUUCAUCAUUUAUGGCAUUUUCAUUGAGCCAUUUGCUCAUACCCAAAGAUUAGAACCACACACUGUUUCUUGUCAUGGCA